ACUUUAGAAACUGUGCAUAUUUAAACGUUUAAGAAUUGGCCCUGUUCACUUCCAUUUUAUGUGCCCCGCUUUAAACCAGACAUUUUUUGUAUUACAUUACCAUCACUUUUUUUUAAGUUGGUAAGUCCAACAUGCCAGAAUAUGAGAAUACCGUGGCAGCUGGUCAUUUAAUAAUGUAAUCAUUUUGAAUAAAGGUGGACACAAUUAGUUUCUUUUAUAAUUUUAAGAUUUAAAUAGGAAUUGAAAGACAUAACAACUUCCGGGGCGCUAACAUCUGAUUGGCUGGUCUUUUAAAUCGUUGUCGUUGUUUUGGUGAACAGUUCCUGAUUUAGAAGGAUGGAGAUUUUUUUUACUCUCUACUAGUGUAAUGCCUCGGUAAAGUACGAUGGAACAGAAAAGAUCCGAAUCCAAAUAUGUUCUCUGCACAUUGCUGGAUAAAAAGGAUCAGUCCAAGUAUGUCUUUUUUACACAAAAGAGAUCAGCAGGAGACAUAAUAGGAUUUACCAAUGGCGAAGAUGUUUGGAAAAUACAUCUCUCAGAAGAGAUCCUGUCUCAGUUUCUCAAGAAGUUCUCAUUAAAAUCCACAGAAGACUAUACUUUGAAACUCAAAUGUGCAUGUAGGACUGGCCGAGCAUUUGUGACACUGCAGGAGGACAGUGCUGUGCUGCAUUUAGGUUGUGAGCCCACAGAUCUGACUCUGUCUCUGUCAAAACUCACUGACUCAGAGGGGAGGACAGAAGUCAAAGACCUGCUUUUUGAGAUGGCUGACAGCCUGACACAGCUAGAGAAUGGAGGUGCUACAUCUUCAUUUUAUCCAGUCAGCAGCCCUCAGAAGAGAACUACUGUAUUUGAACCUAGAAAACAACAUAAGGAUCCAUCAGUAGCAGUAAGAAAACGUCUUCCUGGGGGUUCUCUCAUCAACCCAGGAUCAAAAAGGUCAUCAUCAUUGAUGUUAUUGGCUACGUUCAUGCCACAGCUGAAUUUGGCCCAAAUCUGAUUUUGUUCCACGGUGUCAUCUGUUUGACACAGAUCUGUUAUUUGGAUGACCGUGUGAGCAUCCAAAAGCACUUUGAAUCUGACAUUUUCAAAUCUGAUCUGGGACACUUUUAUAUGGAAAUAAAUUUUUUCCAAUGUGCCUUCAGUCUGAACAGCCAGAAUUGUAUGUGAUUUUUGUACAUCAAUCUACUGUAACUCAACAUCCGUCACUUGCAGGCUUGAUUUGCCUCGUAAUGUAACUGUUAUGGAUUAUGUUAAUGCAUUCAUUUCCUUUUUAAGAAAAGAAAAUUAUAGGUUUCAACAGUUGGGUUCAGUGGUUCGUUUGAAUUUCACACAUUAAAACGUGCAUGAAAAGAGGCAGAUAAAGCCUAUGUAACACCACCCUUUGAUCAUGUCACUUGUGCAGAAAACGGUUUCUGUAUUCUGUAUCAAAGCAUGAAUGCAAGCAAGUCAAUGGAAAUCUGAAGUAAUUACAGAUAACAACUCUUACCUUUAUAUGUACUGUGUAUAUAACACUAUUUUACCUGCUGUUCUUCGAUUUUUGAGCUUUAAUGCUAAUUAAAUUCUGCCAUUUGACUGUAAAUGACUAUUUAAAAUUACUUUAUCCAUCUGGUCUUCCAUCACUUACUGAUAAUUUAUUAGAUAGUCAUUAAAGGGAUAGUUCACCCAAAAAUGCCUGAAAAUUCUCUCAUCAUUAACUCGCCCUCAUGCCAUCCUAGAUGGGUAUGACUUUCUUCCUUCACAAAUGAAGAUUUUUAGAAGAAUAUUUCAGCUCUUAAGGUCCAUACAAUGCAAGUGAAUG